AAAUUUUAACCUUGAUUAGAUGUUUAGUACAAUAACUGCUCAUUGAACAGCUGUUCAUGUUUGAUAUAUACUCUCACAACCUUUUCAGGCGAUCUAUGCGUUUAAUGCGUGAAACGGAAUGCAUCCUUUAUUGGUCGCUAGAUACGAUACAAAAUUGCAGCCAUGUUGCGGCGUAUGCAGAGAAUCGCGAGGUGUCGUAUUGUCCUAAACAUACUGGGGAAGUGUAAAAGCAGAUUCUGGACAAUACAAAAAUUAUUUCUUAACCUUUACGAAUGGUUGGUAAUUUAAUGACGCGAAGGUCUAUGAAUAAUAUUGUCAAUCUUUAGCAGAUAUAUAUAAUAGUUACGCGACGCGCGCGUUUUUUCUCUCAUACGGGAAUAAAGCUAGGAUAUAAAAGAAGAGAUUGUUUCCUGCAUUUAGUUAAAUUAAAAUGCCAGGUUGCGCAGCUGUUGGUUGCAACAAUCGCAGUGAGAAGGGAUAUAUUAUGAAAUGUUUCCCUCGUGAUCCAAAACUAAGAAAGAUAUGGCAAGAACGUGUUGCUAGGGCCGAUUGGAAACCAUCCAAUAAUUCCUUUCUUUGCCACGUACAUUUUGAACCUGAAGAAUGGUCUAUACUGCCGAACGGCAGAAUUAGAUUAAAAAAGAAUGCUAUACCAUCUAUUUUUACUGUAACAUCGACUAGAAAAUCCCCUAAAAAGCGUGGAAAGUUAGCAAGUUUCAAGAAUCAAAAUCAAUGUGACGAUUAUACGAUGGAAUAUUUAGAAAAUGACACUGAACAUUCAUCAAUUGGCUAUUUGGAAGAAAAGGAUUCUGAUUCACAGGACAUUGAUGACUCAUCCAUAAAGUUUGUAUAUCAGCAAAUAAAUUCUUCUAUGAAAACAACAGAAAAUAAACAAGUAAUUCACAGACAAUAUAAAAACGUUACGAGCGAUCUUCAAGAAAGUAUUAUCCUAAUCUCAGAUGAUAAUAUAGAGAUUGAAGAUAAUAUCAAAGAAGGCAACAAUGAAAAGCAAACAAAUACGGAAAAUAAAAGAUCUAGCAAUAAUUGUAUAGUGAAUGAAAAUUUAACCAGUAACCAAAAUGACAUUGUUGUAAAAACAGAAAUAAAACAAGAACAUGAUCAAAUCUCAUUGGAUAGUUAUGAUGAAAUAGAGGAGAAAUUAAAGCAAAUUUGCGACGGUGGUCGUGAAGAAAGUAUAUCUAAUAACGUAGAGAGGUUAAAUGCAACUUCUAAUAAUCAAGGAGUUUUAGAAAAAUCAAUGACACAAAUUCCUAUAUUACACAGAAGUAUAAAUUAUAAAUAUUCGUCAAGGGAUGAAAUUGGAAGUCUACUUACCGACGAUACGGAGAAUAUUGAAAUAAUUUUUGGUAGUGAGAGCGGAGAAGAAAGUGCGCGCGUUCCACAGUGUAUAUCUUAUGAUAACAAUGAAACAACUGAGUUUAAUAAAACAGAUCAAAGUGCUGCAAAUAUUGUUAAUCCUACUGAUGAUCAAGAGAUCAAUAAAAAUUUUCCUGAAGCUAUAGAAAAAGCUUUUCAAGGAGAGAAUAUACAUGUUACACCAAACAUGAGAGCCGCCAUAAAACGUAAACGGAGAACUCGUGAAGAAAUUAUGAAAUCUUUAAAAAAGUCAAUUCGAAAUGCGUCUUCUCGGGAUACAAAUUCGGUAAGCGAUAGCGAUAUUUCGGACAACGUGGAAGCAGAAAAUGAGAUAGCAAAGGAACUGAACACAUCUGAAAAUGUGCGACUUAAAGACGAUACUGUGCCAGCUAUAACAAAGUUUACGGUCAAAGUGUCAGGUGAUCGUGAAGAUAUAUUUGAUAUUAUGCAAGAUUUAUCUAAGGAUACAAAAGAUUUUACUAUCCAAGAAUGCAAUGAUACUUACAUACAUCAAGGAAAUAAUACAUUUGUUACAUCUAUUAUAACAAUAGACGACUCUCCAAUGGAAGCAUUUGUUAAAGAUGAACAUAGUGACGAUAUUACUCCGACCAGUAUUACAUCAAGAGGCCAUGACCAGGACUCAUUCAAUUUGUCACUUUUAAAAAGUAAUGAAUAUUCAAGUGCAAGACUAAUGUCACCGCAUUUUGACGAGGAGAACGAUUUGCAUAUAAAUAGCAAUUCAAUACUGGAUGUUAACAGAGAACAACCGAUGGCUAAUUGUACCACUAAGUAUGAAUGUCGGAAAUUACGACAAAAAGUCAAAGCACAAGAGGAUGUUAUCAAAAGAUUAAGCAAUCAAUUUAUUUUGUACCAGAACUCUGAGAAAAAUCUACAGAAUAAAAAUUCAGCGCUUGAAAUAAAAACGAAAAAGAUGGAAAAUAUGAUGUACGAAUUUAAUUCGAAAACGGAUAAUACGGCAUCUUCAAUAAUCUAUAAAAAGAACAUGGAUCUAAAACAAAAAUUGAUUGACGAUUUAACGAACAGAGUGAAUUAUUUGGAAGAGGUAAAUAAGAAAUUAAUGAAAACCGUAACUGUAGAGAGUCAAUAUAAGAGAAAACUAGAAGGGCAGAUCAAACAAAGAGACACUCGAAUAAAGGAGCUUAAUUGGAAAUUGGAGAAGGCUUCGAAGUUCCUCGACCGAGCGGAGAAAAAUACAAAUACGUACAGAAGAAAAAUGUUGAACAUGCAAACUUUUAUGAGAAGGAAGAAGCUCUUGGACGAGAAAAUGAGCAGAUUUAAUGAAAUGUUGAUAGACAACGUGAAGGACGGUUACACCGAGAAAGCUAUAGCGUUGGCGAUGGAAAUUAAAGAGAUUUGCGGCUCCAGCGGAUAUAAUAAGCUGUUGAAUUUCGGAUUCCCACUUCCGUCGUUGUCGGUUCUGCGAACUCCACGUGACAAUUCAGACUCUAACGAAAGUAUCAAUCCAGCACCGCGAGCUGGUCCUUCAAAACAUAAUAUAAAUGAAGAGACUGGAAUACAGUGCACGAAUGAUGAUGUAGAAGCGAAUACAAAGAAUCAAAUUUUAGAAUCAGUUUGUGAAGAAAUUGACGUGACGGACAAUAUGGAGGAAACAAUAAUGGGCACGGUUCAAGACAUUUUCGAGGAGAAUAAUGACGUCGAUGAUUUCAGUACAAAUGAACUGAGAGAACAUUUUAUCUUACAAUUGAAUGCGGUUAUGUAGCCGUGGAUUAAUUGCACGUAAUCUAAAAUUACAACAUAUGUAAUUAAUAUCUUUUAAUAUAAAAUUUAUGAUUUUAUUACAUCAUCAUUGUAUAAAACAAUCAUAAAUUUUUGUACAAUAUGUCGUCUCAUACAUCAUGAUUCUGAAUCUUGUUUUACAGAAAUGAUUUUUAAUCAUGUUGUAUUUUGUAUAUACAUAUUAAACAUGCAUAUGAGGGAAGGAAAGUCCAUAUAAAAAAAUAUAUAUAAUGAACUAUAUAUAUAUAUAUAUUCUCUUUCUCUUAUUUCUAUUAUUAAUGCAAACAAACUAAUAAAUCAAUGUAUUAUUUUUUUUCUAGAAAAAAAUGAAAUUGCAAGAUUUAUUAUAUAAGAAAAUGAAAACAUGGACAUAUUUUAUAUAGAAUUAUAUAUAUUUAUAUUUCAUUAUAUAUGGAUUCUUGCUUGGAUACACACACACAUGCACAUUUAAUAUAAAACAUUUUUGAUCUACUUGUAAUAUAAAGUUCAACGGUUUAUGUCAAACGGUUCUGAUUUUAAAUUAAAAAUGAAAUUCUGAUAUUAAAUUAUGUUAUUCACAAACCUUAGUGUAUAUAUAUAUAUAUGUAUGUAUUUCCAUUUUUAUUCUACUUUUUGUAUCUGCACAAACAAAGAAUAGCAUCUAUUACGUCUCUCCGACAGGAUCAAUGUUUCUUCUAAUCUUGUAUUAUAUCUCUGUAGGUAGACAAAUAUAUACUUUAUAUUUACGAUUUUAAUUAGAAACUUUAUAUCAUUUAAGCGAGAUAUCAUAAAACGAUCAAGCGAUACAUAUCGUUGUGUAUCCAUGGUGAUGUUUCUUCAAUCGUCAUCCUUUGUACAAACAAAGAUCUUCGUGUGCUUUAAUUUCUUUUAGAGUUAUUAGUAGUUCGUUUAUUAAUGUUCAACGCAUAUGAUUAUCAUUUAAAUACACAUUUCUGUAUACUUAAAUCUGUAUAUUUAAUUCUGUAUAUUUAAAUCAUACAUUUAAAAAAUGGCAACAGCAAUUAAAGAACGCACGAUUCCUGCCAUGGA